AGCAAGGUGAUUCGUCAUCGCGUAAACCAGGAAGUGCAAAGCCGGAUAGCUUGUUUUUGUUUUGACAAUGAUGGAGGAAGAGGAAUUUGAAUUUACUGAAGAUUUAGAGGCAAUUUUGCAUCUAACUCCAGAGGUGCAGCUAGCCAUUGAACAGGUUUUCCCCAGCCAGGACCCUCUGGACAGAGCAGACUUCAAUGCUGUGGAAUACAUCAACACUCUCUUUCCCACCGAGCAGUCUUUGGCGAAUAUCGAUGAUGUUGUAAAUAAAAUUCGACUAAAGAUACGGCGUCUUGAUGAUGAUAUUAGAACGGUAGUGAGAGGUCAGACCAAUGUGGGGCAGGAUGGUAGACAGGCUUUGGAGGAGGCCCAGAUAGCGAUCCAGCAGCUCUUUGGCAAAAUCAAAGACAUUAAGGACAAGGCAGAGAAGUCCGAACAAAUGGUCAAGGAGAUUACGAGGGACAUCAAGCAGUUGGAUCAUGCCAAACGCCACCUCACUACUUCCAUAACCACCCUCAAUCACCUGCACAUGUUGGCGGGGGGUGUCGACUCUUUAGAAGCCAUGACCAGAAAGAGGCAGUAUGGUGAGGUGGCCAACCUGCUGCAGGGAGUGGUCAAUGUGCUUGAACAUUUCCACAAAUACAUGGGCAUACCCCAGAUCCGGCAGCUUUCAGAGAGAGUGAAGGCAGCACAAAGUGAGCUGGGGACUCAGAUUCUGGCAGAUUUUGAAGAAGCCUUUCCUUCGCAAGGCUCCAAGAGACCAGGUGGACCCAGUAAUGUGCUGAGAGAUGCUUGCCUGGUGGCAAACGUUCUCGACCCGCGCAUCAAACAGGAGAUAAUCAAAAAGUUUAUCAGGCAGCACCUCUCCGAGUAUAUGGUUCUCUUCCAGGAAAAUCAAGAUGUCGCCUGGCUGGAUAAGAUUGAUCGCCGCUAUGCCUGGAUCAAACGACAGCUGGUAGACUAUGAGGAAAAAUAUGGCCGCAUGUUUCCUGAAGAAUGGUGCAUGACGGAGCGAAUCGCUGUGGAGUUCUGCCACAUCACCAAGGUGGAGCUGGCCAAGGUGAUGCGAACACGGGCGAAGGAAAUUGAGGUGAAACUGCUGCUGUUUGCUAUUCAGAGGACCACAAACUUUGAGGGUUUGCUAGCCAAGCGCUUCACAGGAUGCACCCUGACAGAUGCACCUGGGCAGCAGAAGAGACCAGAGAGCCCACUAGACCAAACUAACCCCUUUUUGGAGGAUGAGCCAGGGGACGAUGGAGGAUCAGAAAAGGAUGAAGAUCUUACUAAGCCGAGGAAGCCCAAAGCUCCUGGCAAUCCAUUCCACGGCAUUAUCUCCAAGUGUUUUGAACCUCACCUAUAUGUCUACAUAGAGUCCCAAGACAAGAACCUUGGUGAAUUGAUUGACCGUUUUGUGGCUGAUUUCCGAGCACAAGGCCCACCCAAGGCAGGCACCGAGGAGGGUGGAGCAGUGCUCCCCAGCUGUGCCGACCUCUUUGUUUACUACAAGAAGUGUAUGGUCCAGUGUUCCCAACUCAGCACUGGCGAACCCAUGAUCGCCCUUACAACAAUCUUCCAGAAGUUCCUCAGAGAGUAUGCUUGGAAGAUCCUUUCUGGCAACCUGCCAAAAUCCAGCAGCAACAGCGGGGGUCUCACCAUCACCAGCCUGCUGAAGGAGAAAGAAGGCUACGAGGCAGCGAAGUUUACCGUAGACGAGCUCUGCCUGAUCUGCAGCAUUCUCAGUACUGCAGAAUACUGCCUGGCUACCACACAACAGCUGGAAGAGAAGCUGAAGGAGAAAGUAGACAAGGUGCUGGUGGAGAGGAUAAAUCUGACUGGGGAGAUGGACACAUUCAGCUCUGUGAUCUCAAACAGUAUCCAGCUGCUGGUCCAAGAUCUAGAUGCUGCCUGCGAUCCCGCUCUGAGUGCUAUGAGCAAGAUGCCGUGGCAGAGCGUGGAACAUGUGGGUGACCAGAGUCCUUACGUCACAUCAAUCAUCAUGCACAUUAAGCAAAACGUGCCGAUCAUCAGAGACAACCUCGCCUCCACUCGAAAAUACUUUACACAGUUUUGCAUCAAGUUUACAAACUCUUUCAUCCCUAAAUUUAUUAACCACCUGUUUAGAUGUAAGCCUAUCAGCAUGGUGGGAGCUGAACAGCUCCUCCUGGAUACCCACUCCCUGAAGACAGUUUUGUUGGAUCUGCCGUCCAUAGGCUCCCAGGUGCUCCGAAAGGCACCUGCCAGUUACACUAAGAUUGUAGUGAAAGGCAUGACACGUGCAGAGAUGAUACUGAAGGUGGUGAUGGCCCCACAUGAACCAUCGGUGGUGUUUGUUGAUAACUACAUCAAACUUCUGGUCGACGGCAACCCGGAGACUUUCCAGAAGAUCUUGGACAUGAAGGGUCUAAAACGCAGUGAACAAAGCAGCAUGCUGGAGCUCUUCAGGCAAAGGUUACCCACCCCACCCUCUGGAGCUGACAGCGGCCCAUCUCUGUCCUUCAGUGCUCCCACCCCCGAGCAAGAGUCGUCUCGCAUCCGCAGACUGGAGAAGCUCAUCAAAAAGAGACUGUGAAGAGACUCGGGUCUUGAUCGGAACAGGCGCUGCUGUGGCCUUCAGGUCUUUUGCAGUUACGCAUCUCAUUGACUUCAUUAGACUCGAUUCAGUUGGGGUGGAGAGCUACGGAAAGAGGGAAAAGAUUGCUGAUCUUUUCUAAGUGGGGGUUUACCUGAAACUAAUCUGAUGCUGGGUUAUAAAGAAACUUCCUCAACGGUUUGUUGCUGUUGCAUAUGUCUUGUACUUCUGUAAUUUUCCGCUGUCGUUUCUGUGACACUAACAUCAACAAUCUCAGAUGGCCUAAUGUACUAUUGUUGAUUAAAUUCUGCUCAGAGCGUCUCCUGCUGCUCCUUAAUAUACCAAAUCAUGGAGGAUUCUAAGAUGUUAAAUAAAUUUACUGAAGAUAAUGUACUUUUGAGGAUGGUGUAUCUUUGCAUUAGCUGUUUUAGCAUGAAGAAGAGUGGGUUAAAAUAUUCAUUUCUGUCAUCUAUAAAAACACAGAUCUGUUUUUUCCACCUUUUACAAAACGCCCUGUAGUUAGCAGACAUCGUAGUCAUAUGAUCAGUGCCUUGCAAAAUUAUUAGUAGCCCCUCAAGUGUUCAUAUCAUGUUAUGUUCCACUUACAAACUCCUAUGUAUUUUAUUGCAAUUCUAUGUAAAAAAAAAAAACAAAUAAAUAAAGUAAUACAUGAUUGUGA